GGGGUAUGGCGCUUUCAUAUUCGGGGUACUGUUCAGUCGGAAUACGUGCUCAAUAAAUAUCAUUGUCAAGUUUCUACCUUCAACAUUUCAAGUAGAAUUAUCACAAGUUUAAUAUUGCAUCUAAUCAUAAAUCAAUGUUCAUUCAGUGAUUUAUAAAAUAAAACAAAAAGUUCUGUGUUUAGCAAUUUUGUCGAGUGAAAUCAUUUCAUUGAAUUAUAAGAAAUGAGUUUUAUACAGAAAGUAAGUUCGAUUGUUCUAAACUUCGCGAUCUUCUUCUUAAUUGUUACAUUCAGUCCUGGUUUGCCACCAAAGACGACAUUUCCUUUCGAAGAGUUUAGUGUUGUAGCUCCGAAAGCUUUGAACGGCCCAUACGAAAUCAAUUCACUUCUUGAUAACGCUGUAAAGUUAUUUGAGGGAAAGUUAGAUGCACCUGAAGAUUUGCAACAUAAAGAUGGUGUCAUUUAUGCAUCAUUAAGAACAAAUGAAAUUGUUAAAAUCAUUGGCGAUAAAAUCGAAAUCUUAACUAGUUUUGGAAAGUCUUGCUACAAUGACGAUAAAGCACCUUGUGGUCGACCUUUAGGAAUGGCAUUCGAUACGAUUGGAAAUAAUUUAAUCGUAAUGCACACUUAUCAGGGAAUUUUCGAAGUUGAUUUGAUAAAUGGAAAUAAAAAGCUUUUAGUGUCUUCAAAAGAUAUUAUUGGAAGUGAUAAUCCAAGAGAAUGUAAACUUUUUAAUUCAAUUACGGUAGCGAAAAACGGUGACUUGUACUUUUCACAUUCAUCAUCGGAAUAUGGAAUUAAUCGUGUGAUGUUCACGGCACUUCUAAAUGGAUCUGGAAGAUUGAUUCAUUACUCACGAGAAACUGGAAAGUCAACAGUUUUAAUUGACAGAAUUAUGUUUACAAACGGAGUUUCCUUAUCACCGAAUGAAGAUUUUGUCGUCGUGUCUGAAACUUUCCAGUCACGUCUUUUAAGAUUUUGGUUGAAAGGAUCAAAGAAGGGAACUUCGGACGUUUUUAUUGAUGGACUUCCAGGAAGCCCUGACAACUUGAGUUCAGAUGAAGAUGGAAUUUGGGUUACACUUGCUGAAGGUCUUGACGAUGACCAUAAAUCGAUUGCACAUUUCAUUGCAAGAUAUCCAACACUUAGAAAGUUCCUCAUACAUUUGUUUGAGCUGAUCUUAAUGCCAUUUGAGUUUGUGAACAAAUUCUAUAAUAAUCGCGUCUCGACAUUUGUUUCUCGUGAAUUCGGUUCGAUGGAUAUGUUGAAACAUAUUCUUCCACCACGUCGCACAGUUCUUCGACUCGAUUGGGAUGGAAACGUUGUGAAAUCUUUCCAUGGCACUGAUAAUUCAUGUGGAGGUAUCACACACGCAAUGAAGCUUGACAAUCAUUUAUAUUUGGGAUCAGUUACAAGCAAUUACAUUGCGAAAUUUCUUAUCUUCAACAGUAUUGUGAAACCGAAGGCACUUCAAGGUGCACUUGAGAUAAAUAAUCAUCUUGACAACGCUGAUCACAUUUUAGAUGGCAAAGUUCCUGGACCUGAACAUUUAUUGCCAGCUGGAAAGUCGUUUUAUGCAUCGCUUCAUAAUGGAAAUAUUGUGAAAAUUGAUGGCGAACAUGUGACGUUUGUUGCAAAUUUUGGAAAGCCUUGCGAAUAUCCAGUCGAAGAGCAUAUUUGUGGACGUCCUUUGGGCAUGGCACAUGACACCAUCGGUGAUAAUUUGAUUGUUGUUGACGCUUAUUAUGGACUGUGGGAGUUGAAUUUGAAAUCUGGUGACAAGAAGCAACUUGUGUCACCAGACAAAGUCAUUGGUGUUAAUGCACCACGUCCAGGAAAGAUGUUCAAUGGUGUUGCUGUAGCUAAAAACGGUGACAUUUACUUCUCGCAUUCAUCAUCAGAGUUUGGAAUGAACGACGGCGCUUUCUCGUUCUUCGCAAAUCCUUCGGGACGUUUAAUUCAUUAUGAAAGAAAGACUAAAAAGUUGACUGUGAUUUUGGAUAAUUUGUACUUUGCCAAUGGCGUUGCCCUUUCGCCAGAUGAGGAUUUCGUUCUCGUGGCUGAAACUCACGCUUCCAGAAUUCAAAAGUAUUAUUUGAGUGGCGAGAAGAUGGGACAAGUUGAGAUGUUUGUUGAAGGCUUACCUGGCAUUCCUGAUAAUAUGACACCUGACGAAGAUGGCCUUUGGAUUGCGCUUGUUGUAUCAGCUGAUCCACAACAUCCAAUGAUACCGCAAUCAAUGACACAAAUGCCAUAUUUGAGAAAGUUCAUCGUUCGUUUCCUUCACCUUCUUGAAAUGCCCUUCAACUUCAUCACAAACCUUUAUCCAAAUGAUAUCACCAAAUCAAUCGCUUACAAAAUUGGAGGCUUCAAUGCUUUCUCUUUUCUCUUUCCUAAACGCUCAACAAUCGUCAGAACUGAUUGGACUGGAAAGAUUAUUGGAAGCUUGCAUGGAUUCGAUCACAGCGUUCAUUCAAUUUCUCAUGUCAUGGAGCUCGAUGAUGAUCUUUACAUUGGCUCACCUUACAAUAAUUUCAUUGCCAAAGUGAAGUUCGUUAACAAAGACAAAAUUCAUCCCGCAAAGAAAGUCAAACGUGAGAUUCCACAAGAAGUGCCAAAAACAACUCAACCACCAACGACAACAACGACACCGGCUCCAACAACGACGACAACAACUCCAAAACCAACAACGACAACAACCACUCAAGCACCAACGACGACAACAACCACUCAAGCACCAACGACGACAACAACCACUCAAGCACCAACGACGACUAAACCUCCACCACCCCCGCCAACUACAACAAAAGCCCCACAACAGCAGGCAACACAACCGCCACCAACAGUGAAGCCAAAGGACCCGGCACCGAUCCGUGAGAAUGUCAAAGAUGUUCAACCACCACCCACAAAAGAACCAAUAAAAGUCAUAAAGAAAGAUGGACCAGGAACUGUUUAAAGAGUUCAAGAAGAUGCAACUUGGAAGGUGAUAACAACGUCAAACUUCAUCAUUCAUUUGUCAACGUUCCAUUCUACUUACUUUGCAAUUCCAUUUUUUUCUCAUUCUUUUAAGACUUACGUGUGUGUGUAAGUUGAAGUCACUUAACUGAGACAACUUAGGAAUCUUUUAAACUUUCUCAACUGUCGUUGAUUGAAAUGCAAUUGAGAUGCAUUUCUACUCGUGCUGCUGAAACAUU